UGAUGCCUAGUUUCUUUGUCUGUAUGUGCCAGGAUUAUGAUACUGCAAAUGCAAUUGGGUCAAAGUCCUAUAAUACUCUCAUGGAGGAGCUUGUUGCCCUUGUAGCAAGAAGUAUGGAGGGUGAACAAAAAAUGAAUUCUGAAGAAGAUUCUGUUGAUUUUGCUGCUGCAACAACUGCUACUCUGGGAGUUCCUUCUCCAUGCCUUUCAAGGGGUAAAUCUUUUGACUCUCCACGUGCCAUCUCUGAUGAUGGUAAUGUAAGAAAAGGAGAUAUAGAGGAAGAAGCAGAGCUGAAGAGAAUCUUGGAAUUGUCAGAGGCUGAAUCGCUUGCAGUGAAAUUGAAUGGACAAAAUAUGUUCCUCAGUUCAAAUGAAAGUGCAUAUAUGAAAAAGUCUGAACCUGUCCUUGUAGAAACAUUAGAAGGGUAUAGUCAGGCUCAAAGUCAAAAGUCUCAUCAACACGAACCUUCCUUAUCCCUUGAUAGCAAUGUCCUGAGCAAUUCCAGUAAUGAGUUGGUAAUUCGUGAAGCAGUUCCAAGGGAAGCUGAUUGUUCAAAAACUGAUCAAGUCAAUCACAUUGAUCAUUCAACUUCUGAAGAAUCUGGAAAAUGUGUAAAAUCCGAAGGUGUAGUAGAGGAAAGUAUUGCUGACGUUGUGUUCCAGAAUGCAAAUGCACCAUCUGAUUGUUUUGGACAAGAUUUGUUAUCUGCAUGUGCAAACCAUAUGCAUAAAUCUGGAGGAGACGAUGAAGUUCAGAAGCAAUCCACUUCCACUGAUGAUAUGCAUGGGCCAGAACAUAAUCAAAGUGGUUGUGACACAAUGAAAGUUUCAAGUUUAUCUGCACCAGGUGCAGAUUCAGAUUCAUCCAGUGGCAGAAGGCAACAUACAGAUGUGCCUGAUGCUUUUUCUUCUAGUGCUGAUGAUGGUAGUGAGGAGCCCAUUUAUGAAGGAGAGGAAUGCAUGUUGGAAUCAGGGACAACAAUUUAUGCAGACCGAGAGCCCAUGUAUGAAGGUGAGGUGGUUCUUGCAGAACAAGUGGGCAAUAGUACUAGAGAUGCCUAUGAUGCUAGUUCCAAGGAUGAAAUUACUCCAAGACAAGGGGAACUGAUUGAGAGUUUUUUGAAGAACAAUGCCAGUCAGUUGACUGUAUAUGGCCUAUUUUGCUUACUAGAUGGUCUGAAAGAACGUGAACUUUGUGUCUUUUUUCGCAACAAUCACUUCAACACCAUGUUUAAGUUUAAUGAUGAAUUGUAUAUUUUGGCUACAGACCAAGGUUACAUAAGUCAACCUGAUUUAGUUUGGGAAAAGCUAAAUGAGGUCAAUGGGAAUACAUUGUUUAUGACUGGCCAUUUUAAGGAAUUCAAUGUAGAGAGUCGUGCCAACAGCACAUGGGAUGAACAAAAUGCAAUGGCCAGUACUGCUGACUAUCUUGCUAGCGUUGACAAUGCAGCACAUGUGAAUUCAAGUUUCAAUUCUGACCUGCAAUUGGCAAUAGCUCUUCAACAACAAGAGUUUGAACAACAGCCGCAACAGCAGCCGCAGCAACUGCCACAGCCACAGCCACCGAAGCGUAUUCCGCAGCAAUCAAGUGUUAGUGGCAGUUCAGGGCUGGUUGUAGGACCCCAGGUCAGAUGUGAAUUUUGUACUUGUUUAAUUUUGUGCAUUUGAGUAGUUUGAAAAAAAAAAAAA